UUCGCGCGUGGUCGAACGCCUGACCAUGACUUUGAAAUAUUUAUUAGUUUUGAUAGCUCUGACUUGUGUCAACUGCAAAUCUCCAUACAAAAUAUGCGUUCCGACGCAAUACUUGAAGGCCUGCGAGGCGAUGCUUGAAGUCCCUACAAAGAGCAAGGCUAUUUUGGAAUGCAUACCAGCAAGAGAUAGGGUGGAAUGUCUAUCAUUCGUUCAACAACGUCAGGCAGAUCUUGUGCCAGUUGACCCAGAAGAUAUGUACAUGGCUUCGAAAAUACCAAACCAGGAUUUCGUCGUCUUCCAAGAGUACAGGACAGAUGACGAGCCCGAUGCGGAGUUUCGAUAUGAAGCGGUCAUAGUUGUCCACAAGGACAUCCCGAUAAACAACCUGGACCAGCUCAAGGGCUUGAAGUCUUGCCACACAGGAGUCAACAGAAAUGUUGGGUACAAGAUUCCUUUGACAAUGCUUAUGAAGAGAUCAGUCUUUCCCAAAAUGACUGAUCGCACUAUUUCUCCAAAAGAGAAUGAGCUUCGCGCCUUGUCGACGUUCUUCAAAAAAUCUUGCAUCGUCGGCAAAUGGUCACCAGAUCCUAAAACUAAUUCAGCUUGGAAGGGUCAAUAUAACCAACUGUGUGCAAUGUGCGAACACCCAGACAAAUGCGAUUAUCCUGAUAACUUUAGUGGCUACGAAGGAGCCUUGAGAUGUCUGGCUCAUAACGGCGGUGAAGUAGCCUUCACUAAGGUCAUCUACGUGCGCAAGUUCUUUGGGCUCCCAGUUGGAACUAUCCCAGCCAACCAAACAUCAGAGAACCCUGAUGACUUCGCAUAUCUAUGCGUGGACGGUUCUAAGGUACCAAUAAGGGAAAAAGCAUGCUCAUGGGCUGCCAGGCCUUGGCAGGGACUGCUGGGACACAACGAUGUAUUAGCAAAGUUAUCGCCUUUGAGAGAGAAGAUUAAGCAAUUAGCUGAUGCUGGUGCUAGCACCCAACCAGAAUGGUUCACGAACGUCUUAGGGCUAUCAGUCAAGAUCCACCACGUAGCAGACAACAUCCCCAUCAAACCAGUGGAUUACCUAACGAAGGCGAACUACACGGAAGUUAUAGAGAGAGGUCAUGGACCUCCUGAACCGGUAGUCAGGUUGUGCGUAACAUCAAACGUGGCUUUAGCGAAGUGCCGUUCGAUGUCAGUAUUUGCCUUCAGUCGCGACAUUCGUCCAAAACUUGACUGUGUCCAAGAAGCAUCUGAGGACGAUUGUCUUAAAAGUGUGCAAGAUAACGGAUCGGAUUUGGCAGCAGUAGAUGAUAUGAGGGUCGCUGCUGCCUCGAAGAAAUACAAUCUCCAUCCCGUAUUCCACGAAGUGUACGGAGAAGCGAAGCUACCGAACUACGCCGUUGCAGUCGUAAAGAAAAAUUCACCGUUUAAUAACAUCGACGAUUUGCGUGGAAAACUAUCCUGUCACAAUUCAAUCGGUACAUUCAGCGGAUUUAUUGCUCCACUGUACUAUCUUAUAAACAAAAAUAAAAUAUCAUCAGACAACUGUGUGAAGAACUUUGGUGAUUUCUUCGCAGGAUCAUGCCUGCCUGGUGUUGAUAAGGCAGAACACAAUCCACGAGGUGAAGAUGUGUCCAAAUUGAAGAAACAAUGUUCCGGGAACAACAGUGCUUGGAAAUGCCUUCAAGACGAUAAGGGAGAUGUUGCUUUUGUCUCGAGUGCUGACCUAUCCAACUUUAACUCUACACAGUAUGAAUUACUUUGCCUGAACCGUGAUAAUGGUGGAAGAGAUCACCUUACCAACUUUGCUACUUGUAAUAUUGCUCUGGCUCCAUCAAGGACAUGGCUGUCUGCUAAAGACUUCCUAUCUGAUGUCUCUAUAGCUCAUACACCACUAAGUUUGGCACAGUUACUAGACACUAGGACUGAUUUGUUCAACAUUUAUGGAGAAUUCCUCAAAAAUAACAAUGUUAUUUUUAACAAUGCUGCCAGGGGAUUGGCAACAACAGAGAAAAUUGACUUUGAAAAAUUCAAAACUAUCCAUGAUGUUGUGAAUACUUGUGGCGUUGCAUAGAAAUGGAUGAAUGAGACUAAUAAUGUUUUAUAUUGUUUUUAUUUGCAAGAAAAAAAGACUGUAAAAAUAUAUGAUGAUGUUAUAAUAAAACAGA